GUCUACUCGGGUGACAAGUGAAAUCGGUGAAAUUGAAAUUAUUUAUUUAUUUAUAGGAUUGCGUUAUAAAAAUGUCGUUUUUCGGAGUAGGGAAUCCUUUUGCUACACCGGUUGGUCAGAAAAUAGAGCAAGCUACAGAUGGAUCGCUACCGUCGGAAAAUUGGGCCCUUAACAUGGAAAUAUGUGAUAUUAUCAAUACAAGCACUGACGGUCCAAAGGAUGCCGUAAAGGCAAUAAGAAAAAGAUUCAAUCAAAGUGCAGGAAAAAACUAUACUGUAGUAAUGUAUACGCUGACUGUGCUUGAAACCUGUGUCAAGAACUGUGGAAGGGUUUUUCACGUCCUAGUCUGCAAUAAAGAAUUUAUUAAUGAACUGGUUAAACUUAUUGGCCCCAAAAAUGACCCACCGACAGUGAUUCAAGAGAAGGUGCUCAGUCUUAUUCAGUGCUGGGCUGAUGCAUUCCAGAAUCAACCUGAUUUGCAGGGCGUCAGUCAAGUGUACACCGAGUUGCGUACCAAAGGUGUCGAGUUUCCGAUGACGGAUCUUGACGCGAUGGCGCCUAUUUUUACACCGCAGCGAAGCGUACCCGAUGGUGGCGAUGCCAUAGUGGGAUCUCCCCAGCGAGGUGCUGUCCCGCAGACUUCGCCUAGUCGCCCAUCGCAGGAACAAAUUGCUGGUGCGGUGACACUUUCUGACAGUCAGACAAGCAAGCUCCGCGCUGACCUGUCGGUUGUGGAGGGCAACAUGUCGGUUAUGAAUGACAUGCUCAACGAGCUUACAGCUCAACCCUACACCCAGCACCACGACACCGAUAUUGAACUGCUAAACGAGCUAGCAGAUACACUGAAAGCCAUGCAGAGUCGUGUGGCGGACCUAGUGGCGCGGUUGGCGGGCGAAUCGCCCCUCACCGCAGACCUGCUGCUCAUCAACGACCGCCUUCAUAACUUGCUGUUACGUCAUUCGCGCUUCCUCAACAACAGGAUCGCCGCAACGGGCGGUGCAACCCCGUCUGCCAUUUUGGGAGCUGCUAUGGGUGUUCCCGGUACUACUUCACCAAAAAAAGUCGACGAUGACGCCUUGAUUGAUCUGAGUGACGAUGUACCUGACGUUGCUAAGCUGACCGUGAAUGAUGAACAGACAGACAAAUCUCCGAGCAGCUCGAAGGAUGAGUUCGACAUGUUCGCCCAGUCCCGGAACGUCACCUAUGAAACUUCUAAGACCGGAGGCAGCAGUUACGCAGAUAACACAGAAGAGCAGCCGAACUCGGGAUUAGCUGCUGCCACUAGUAUGCGGGCCACGGGCGGCACACCUCUUCCAACCGGCAUGGACCCGAGAGAGUUUGAUGAGAUAUCAGCUUGGUUAGAGCAGGAGAAGCAAGCCGCGUCGGAAGCAAACGGCGCACAGGAGAGCGUAACAAGCAGCGACUUUGACAAGUUCUUGGCUGAACGCGCCGCCGCAGCCGAAAACCUACCCAACGCCAAUGAGAAUAGAGCUCAAAACAGCUCCACACCACGACAUCGACAGAUCAAGAAGGACGAAGACACUAUGUUCGCGCUCUGAUUUGCUUCUAAUGUGUAUGUAUGUUUGACGACUUCACUGCUAUGCGAGAAUAAAAAAAAAAGCUACUUUUUCUUAUUGCAAUGUUGUAUUAUACCGGUAAUAUAAUUAUUACCAAUGAGUUGUAUGUGGGAUAGAAUUCGUACACAAAACACAGGCGUUUAAAAACGGAAUCGAUUUUUUUAGUUAUAAAGUAGUAUGUUCUAGAGACAAAGGGCUGGACUGCAAAUGACAAACCAUCUGGUACUUUCGGAAGCUGAAUAUGACUAUUACUUAAAAUUUCACCAUGAGGCCAUCCAUACUAAUAUUAUGAAAGUGCGUUUUUUUGUUUGUCCCUACCGUACGCCCUGACCGAGCAACCAAUAAAUUUGAUUUUUGGCAUAAAGUUAGCUAAAAGGACGUAGAUUAACAUAUGCAUUUUUAUCUCAGGAAAACAAACCUUUUCUACGGGAUUUGUAAUAAAACCGUUAUGAAAUUUUUAUAUUUUCAGUGACGCGAUGACACAAAAUAAAAGUCCGCCCUUGUUAUAAAAUUUUACCUACUUGUGACGUCACAAGGAGCUAUCAAUGUGAUAUUGCUAUUGUUAGACAAAUCUUAAUUACUUGGGACAUGCAGAUCAUAAUCUUGACAACGUAGAGGUAUGUACAGUAAAUGGUUUCUGUAUUUUAAAACUAAGAAAUUCCGGUAAUAUAUUCAAAAAUAUUAUUUAAACCGUUGUUUCUUAUAAAUAAACCCUUGAAACUAGAUUCUUACGAGCCGAACUCAGUUUUUGCAAUUAUUUUACUUUUGACGUCAUUGCAGUCACGUUACCACAAACGGUUUGCUCUCCGGCAUUUUUAUUUAUUCGAAUUUACUUAUUCAAAAUUAACUUUAAUUUCUGACGAUUGCUAAAUUCGGUGGCAGUGAAAUAGUCAAACGACAUUAAAUGAUAUAAAUGAAAUACGUAUUUUAUAGUUAUCAAUGUUGUUUUUCGCAUCGAAUUAUGUAUUUAUAUAAUGGAAUAUUCAUGGUAAUGAUUAAUGGUACCAAUUUUGUUGUACGCAAAACUUAAAUAAACUUUUGCAGUCCAAUCAUGCCCACUAACUUGCAUUAGGGAAACUGGGUGGGCGUGAGCUGUAUAUCCUACUCUUCUUUAGGAGAGGACGCAUGUGGAAAAUUGGCUGAUGACUUAUCCACCUACAAGUAUUACAAACAAGAGUAUAUAUAAAUAAAAUGGAAGUGUGUUUGUAAUUUCUUAAUAACUGCCUCCAGAAAGAGACAUACAUUAAAACAUUAUGUUUGCCAUAAGCUUAUGUCGUUUAAAAUGUAAUCACACAUAUUAUUUAAAAUAAACAAAUGAAAAUAAAACAAUAGAAAAUGUUCUUUAUGGACACACACGCACUUUUACACACGCAAAAGCGUACACAUACACACCAACGUACCCACCUCUUAAAUUAAUAAAUUUUCUAUUGAUA